AUGGAUCAGUUUGAGAUGUUUAUUGUAGAAGAGGCAGUACGGAAGGCGCAGGAGCAGUAUCUUUACGAGGAGGCCGAGCGCGUGCGGAGAGAAGAGGACGAAAGGUCGUGGGCCGAGGCGCGCAAGUUUCGCACCUACAGUCUCGGAGUCAAGUUCUUUUAUCGAUGGAGGGAGAUUGCACGACAAAAUCGAGCUAGCGCCCUGCGCCGAAGCGCCCGGGAUCAACUAAAAGCGUACCAUGACGAAAAACGACUAGAGGCAGCUAAGAAGAAGAAGGAGGCGGAACGAGAACAGCGGAGGCUGGCCUUGGAGGCGGGGGUAGACAACCUCGAGGAUCUCAAGGUACUGAUCCGAAAGCGGUCGGUCACCACGAGGGAAACGGAGGAUGCGAUUCUGGCAACCGGAGUUCUUUCAGGAGUGCGGAACGAGCGCGGCGCGGCGGCGCAGAUUGUCGGCCGCAGGAGCUCGCUCCCGACGCCACCGCCUGUUCAGAAAUCGAGCAUGCCUAAAUUUAUGCACAGGAUUAAGGCCAGCAUCAACGAAUCGUUUAGUAGACCAGUCGACAAGACGUGGCCGGAAAGUAGCGCGAGUAGCGUGACGUCCAGCGGCGCAGGUGGUGCCAAGACCAAGGCACUAAGGGAGGAGUUUAGCGGCAGCGUGCUAAAGAAGACGAUUGCGCGCUCGCGGUCGAGAUACUCUCUGCCACCCUCGGACAGCGAGAGCCAGUCAUCGGUCUCGCGUGUUUCCGCCAGGUGGCGACUCAAGGCCAUGGGCCUCGUCACCAUGCCCAAUGGCUCAGUGCUCCCAGAGUACCUCGCCGACCAGAUCAAGUACGAGGGUAAGCGAUUCCCCGAGCUGGGCAGCCUCGGAAUGCCACCUCCGGACCUACCGGCGGCGCACCCGGCCGACGAGGACGAGAUUGAACAGAUCCGCCCCGCGACCAUGGACGGCACGGGAUCUCGAGCGACAUUUCCUUCAUUCGUCCCUUCGCACAGGCCCCACGCUAGCGUGUCCGCCAUCUCUACCGAUCCGAGCGGGGCCCUUUUGCGUGCGGCGCCAACACUGGUGGCGAAGCGCAAGAGAAGCUCGCCCGACGCGGGCCCGGACGGCAAUGCCGAGGAGGACGCCGACCAGCCGGACAAGAGCAAGCGCAUCCUUUUGGACACGGAGAAGACGAUUCGCGAAAUGAGACGACUUCGGGAGGAGAUGGAGGAAGGUACGGACUGGUUUAAGGAACAGAAUGAUAGGCUGCAGAGCCAGAUGUCGAGUCGGGCGGGAACGCCCUGGGGUUGA